AUUUUUCGCCCAAUGAACGCUUUCUCGUUACAUGGAGUAAUGAGUCUAUCUCUCUUGGGCCAAAUGGUGGCAUAGGUACUCCAUUUGGACCCGAAGAUGAAGGACAUCAAAUUAUUAUAUGGGAUGUUUUAACUGGAAACCUUUUGCGUUCAUUUCCUUCUUCAACAUCGACUGAUGGUGCUCCUAAUAAAAUCACAUGGCCAAUGUUUAAAUGGUCUCCAUCAGACAAAUAUUUUGCCAGGGUUACGCCAAAGCAACAGAUUUCUGUAUACGAAACACCCUCAAUGGGAUUGGUUGGAAAGAAAAGUUAUAAAGUUGAAGGAGUAGAAGAUUUUGAAUGGGCUCCUGCGUUUGAUAAAGAAAGAGAAAAACAGAACGCAGGUGACAAAAAGAAUAGAGAGGAAAUGCUAAGUUACUGGACACCUGAAAUUGGCAAUCAACCUGCUCGUGUCACGCUAUUAAAUAUUCCAUCCAAAGAGAUUGUACGAACAAGAAAUUUGGUUAAUGUUAAAGACUGUAAGAUGCAUUGGCAAUCAAAUGGAGAUUUCUUGUGUGUUAAAAUUGAUCGACACACAAAGACCAAAAAAUCCACUUUCGCAAACCUUGAAAUAUUUAGGGUCCGUGAGAAAGAUAUUCCUGUUGAAGUCAUUGAGGUUAAGGACACUGUGAUUGCUUUUGCAUGGGAACCUAAGGGUGAACGUUUCGCAAUAAUUACAACAAAUGACCCUAAUUAUGGACAGUCAACACAAGGCGUGAGAACUAAUGUCUCAUUUUAUUAUCUUGAGAAACCUAAACCUGGUAAAGGUGGAGACAAAGUUGGCACGGCUAACUUCAAACUAAUUAAAACAUUGGAAAAGAAAACUUCUAAUGCCAUUUAUUGGUCACCGCGUGGUCGACAUAAGGAAGGAUCAAAAAAUGACCCAGCUGCCUCUAUACAGCUAAUGUCUACUCAGGAGCACUACGGUGUUACUGAUAUUGAAUGGGACCCUACUGGACGUUAUGUGAUCACUAGUGCUAGUUUUUGGAGACAUUCAAUGGAAAAUGGAUAUUCUUUAUGGGAUUUUAAAGGAGCACUUUUGCAAAAACAAUUGCUAGAUAAAUUUAAGCAAUUGUUAUGGAGACCUCGUCCAAAGAGUCUAUUAUCAAGUGACGCUAAAAAGAAAAUCAAAAAGAACAUAAGAGAUUACUCUAAAGCUUUUGAAGAAGAAGACGCCCUUGCACAAACUUCGGUAUCUAAAGAAUUGUUGGCACAUCGUCGUCGCCUUGUUGAUGAGUGGAAUGCUUGGCGUAAACGCGUUGAAAAGGAAUUAGCAGAAGAAAAAGAAAGAGCAGGUGUGCAAAUUAUCCCUAGAAGAGAUGAUGAUGAGAACGUUGAAAUUAUUGAAGAAUGGAUUGAAGAAGUUGUAGAAGAAACCGAAGAAAUUGUUGAGGAUUAG